UUUCAGAAACCAAAACAAAUACUGAUCUUCCGUGAGAAACAAUGAAUACUGAGACUGUUGCUGAACGUCGUAGACAGGUGCUCGUUGGAGAGCUUCCACCUCACUUCCUUCGUCUGGCAGUCCCAAUUCAACAAACUGCUGAGCCAGAAAUCGUUCAGCCUCGUAUGGUGAGCUUUGUGCCACCAAAUACACGUGGACGGCUCUCAGUGACAAUUCUCGAAGCGAAUCUUGUCAAAAACUAUGGUCUUGUUCGAAUGGAUCCCUAUUGCAGAGUUCGUGUCGGAAACGUUGAAUUCGAUACAAACGUGGCAGCUAACGCAGGACGUGCUCCAACCUGGAACCGAACUCUCAAUGCCUAUCUUCCAAUGAAUGUUGAGAGUAUUUAUAUUCAAAUAUUCGAUGAAAAAGCAUUUGGACCAGAUGAGGUUAUUGCGUGGGCUCAUAUCAUGCUUCCACUGGCAAUUUUCAAUGGUGAUAACAUUGAUGAAUACUUUCAAUUGUCUGGACAACAAGGUGAAGGAAAAGAAGGAAUGAUUCAUUUACACUUCUCGUUUGCUCCAAUUGAUUUGCCAUUGCAACAAGCCGCACCGGCAGAGCCAGCUCCAGCUCCACUGCCAGUUGAAAUUACUGAGGAGGACACUAAAGAGAUCCAGGAAAUGUUCCCAAUUGUCGAUAAAGAAGUAAUCAAGUGUAUUCUUGAAGAGAGAAGAGGUGACAAGGAAGCCGCAGUCAGCGCAAUUCUGGAGAUGACAGCAGCAGCCGAGAGCUCCUAAAUUUUGCAUUUUUCAUGAAAAUCAAAAAAAUCCUAGUCUACCCACCUUCUCCACUGAAUCUCCCAUCUCAUUUAAAGUUGUGAAUCAAAAAAAAGUCAAUUGGAAUCUAUUUAUUGUAAUCAAAAUUGAUGUAUGAUUGUGUAUGUAUAAAAUAAAAAUAUGGAAAACG